UUCUGGCUGUAUUCACACCCAUCACACAAAAGAGUCCUUCCUCCCACUCAACAUGUUUCUCGUCGUUCGUUUUCAUCCUGUGCUGUCGACAGUGUGCUUUCAAUCUAUUCCUCGUUUUCAAAGUCAACAUGGCUUCACUGCGCUCGGUUCAGGCUAGAAUAUCCACAAGGAUCAUGUUGGUACAGCGUGUGCCCUACUUCCGGGCUCAAUCCACCAUGACGACGCCUCUUGGAAGAAAAGUAGAGCCGUAUUGGAAUCAUAUUCCCGACUACAAAGAUGUCCCUGCCAAGAUUUUCAUGGAUCACCAAUGGCAAGCUUUCAAUUCCAUCCACAAGGCGCCCAGGCUUGUCCAAUUUUUGGAGAAAGUUCUUCCUGAAACCCUCAAUACAUCUGCCAGCUCCAGUCAGAUCGCAACCAAAUCCGAAUUCAUCGAGGAUGCUUUGGAAGGUCUCCGAAUUGCACCCAUGAACAUUCGAAUCACCCCUCACCUUCUCUCUCUGAUCGACUGGAACAACCCUGUUGAUGACCCAAUUCGACGACAGUUUCUUCCUUCUAAGAGCGGCACUAUUCCGGACCACUCGAGUUUGACACUCGAUAGCCUUCACGAAGAAGAGGAUAGCCCUGUCCCGGGCCUUGUUCAUCGUUAUCCGGGGAGAGCUUUGUUCCUUGCCACUUCCAUAUGCCCAGUAUACUGUCGAUUCUGUACCCGAGCAUACGCUGUAGGUGGGAAUACACCUACUGUCGAAAAGAAACCUCAGAAACCGAGUCGCCAGCGAUGGGAAGACGUCCUCAGCUACAUUGAACGCGAAGAAAGCAUAGAAGACAUCGUUCUUUCGGGAGGUGAUUGUUACUAUUUGGCGCCAGAGAACCUACACUAUCUCGGCUCACGCCUUCUAGAGAUUCCACACAUCAAGCGCUUUCGUAUCGCUUCGAAGGGACUGGCAGUCUCACCAGGCCGCAUUCAGGAAGACGAUCCGUGGACGAGUGCACUCAUUUCAUUGUCAAGAAAAGGGCGGGAAAUUGGAAAGCAAGUCUGUUGGCACACGCAUUUCAAUCACCCCAAGGAGAUCACCUGGAUCACGGAAUUAGCUGCCCAACUUCUGUUCAAACAUGGAGUGAUCGUCCGCAAUCAAUCUGUUCUUCUCCGAGGAGUCAACGACACGCCCGAAAUCAUGACUAAGUUGAUCAGAAACUUGGCUGCGAUAAACAUUCAACCUUACUACGUGUAUCAGUGCGACCUCGUGCGUGGUAUUGAAGACCUCCGAACUCCUCUUUCAACAAUUCUUGAUCUGGAAGAGAAGAUACGAGGCACUGUAUCCGGUUUUAUGAUGCCCUCAUUUGUCGUCGAUCUUCCCGGGGGUGGCGGUAAACGUAUCGCUCACACCAAAAAGAGUUACGACAAAGACACAGGGGUUUCGACGUGGGAAGCCCCAGGAUUAGAUGACAAGAAGCGUAGAAAGACAUACUAUUAUCACGACCCUCACCCGUCAUCCAUCAAAGCCGAAGACAAGACUUUCCAGCAUUCAAAACCAGAGGAAAGCGACAGACCCUUGCCGAGGCCCGAAAAUUACUCCAAUAUCGACAAAAAACAGCCCAAGCCGUUCGACCCUGCGAUUGAUGCACCGCCAAUGGAGAAGUCCUUCCCGGGAAUCUCCCAGCCCUCGGUUGCUGAUCACGGUAUCAAUGCCCGAAUGCCUUACCCGGCGAUUCAGCAGGAUGAAGCACCAAUGGCCGCCGCCGGAGCAUCCUAAACAACUACAACCUACUUUCAACUUCGCGCGAUCCAACAUCCAAUUUUUGAUAACGGCCAACGUUCGAUCUUAUUUUUUCUCCCUCGUUGCUGUUACUGUUUGGUUCGCAGAUACCCCCUUUACGCAUCUCGCUUUGUCGAACGUACUAGUCACAAUUCUUUCGUUUUUGUGUAUCCGUGGAAUUACUUACGCAUUCGUUUAUUCCUUUUUCCCCCAUUUCUCACAUCCACUAACGUUGCUUUUUUGUCUCCGUUGCGUGAUCUCAGAUUCCGCGUCUUUUCGGGAUGCCUUUUUCUUUUUUAACUUUUUCACAUCAAAAGUUGGU